GGUGACACUGCUGUUCGCCGGACAUGAGACCACCGCCACCACCGUGAUGCGGCUAGUGAUGGUGCUGCAGUCGCGCCCCGAUGUGAUGGAGAAGCUGCGGACGGAGCAGCGGCAGGCGGUACGGCAGCACGGACUGGGCAUCACAGGUGCGGCCCUGCGGGACAUGCCGUACCUGGAUGCGGUGGUGAAGGAGACAUGGCGGCUGCACCCCAUCGUGCCCAACGUGCCUCGCCGCGCCAAGAGGAAAUUCACACUGGCCGGAUACGAUGUGCCUAAGGGCUGGGGCCUAGCCCUCGGGCUAUCGGAGCCCCUCAAAGACGCGCCUGCGUGGCACGGAGUGACCGAGGGCAGUCCAAACGACCCACGGGUCUUCAACCCGGACCGCUGGCGGCCCGUCGCCACGUCGACGUCAGCAGCAACGGCGGCGAAUGACGGCGCCAGCGGCAGCGGAAACUUCGGGGGUCCGGACCUUGCGCCCGGCGAAUUGAGCAGCCCUGUGGGCAUGCUUCCCCCGUACAUGUUGACAUUCGGCGGGGGCACCCGAUACUGCCUGGGGGCUAACCUGGCGUGGGCUGAGCUCAAGGCCUUCCUGUGCGUGUGGGCGCGGCGGUACGACUUCUCCUGCCCGCUCAAGCAGCUUCACGUGAAGCCCUUCCCAGCGCUCACAAUCACAGGCGGCUUCCCGGUCCAGGUGAUACAUACGGCUUCGUUACCGGUACUAUCUUCUCUCUACUCCCUUCUCUCUACUCCCUUCUCCCAUACAUGCUAUGUUCUGACUCGCAGCCACUUUCUUAACAUGCACAUGCCUCCCAUCCUACAAUGCUAG